AUGACUAAAAGAGCAGCAGAAGAAGCGCCUCCUUCACUGGAUAGCAGCAGAACUGGACCAAACUUUUUGGGUCACUAUAGAGAUCAAGUAGCAGAGCUCUUGUCUCAAGGAGAGAGGAUCCAACUUGGCACCACUAAGAAGUCUCCUACUGAAGUCAUAGGAGCUGAGAACGAGAAGUUGAAUGCUUUGUUAAGGGAGUGUGUGUGGGAGCUCAUUCCAGAGGUUGACGAGAUGCAGUCUCGUGUUUUCUCAAUGCGCCAAAUGUCUCAACUGAGUAACAAAAAGCCUGAGGAUCCUGCUUUUAAAGAGGUUGAUGAAGAUAUACAGUUACUUAUGAAGUCUGAUCCUGAUCUUGUCAAGCAAAUGGUGACCAAACAUACGAAUGAAGUUCUCGCCAGCCUGAACAACAUGCAGAAGCAACUUGAGAGCCUCCUUGACAAUGUGGCUAACUCAUGCAGACCUAUGAGCCGAGGCGAGAAGCAAGAUCUUCAAAACUCAAUCAUGGUGCUACCUGGAGAAAAUCUCAAACGCGUUGCUGGAAUCGUCAAAGACCAUUACGUAGCUUUGGGGAAAGAGUUUCCUGAUGAGGUUACAGUCAACAUGGAGGAAGAGGACAACAUAAUGCUUUGGAGACUGCAUUUCUACGUCGCCGCCGUGAAAAAUGCUCGGAGACUCGCAAGCUAA